AUGCAGGAGUCCCCCGGAUCAGUCGGAAUGGACGGCAGCUACAGCAGCAAUGUCCCAGCCUUCCUCACUAAACUCUGGACCCUGGUAGAGGACCCGGAGACGAGUCGCCUCAUCUGCUGGAGCACAACCGGCACUAGUUUCCACGUGUUUGAUCAGGGAAGGUUUGCCAAAGAGGUUCUACCCAAGUACUUUAAACAUAACAAUAUGGCCAGCUUUGUGCGUCAGCUUAACAUGUAUGGCUUUAGGAAAGUGGUGAACAUCGAGCAGAGUGGUCUGGUGAAGCCCGAGAGGGACGACACAGAGUUUCAGCACCUCUACUUUCUGCAGGGCCAUGAGCACCUGCUGGAGCACAUCAAGAGGAAGGUGUCCAUUGUGAAGAGCGAGGAGACCAAGGUCCGUCAGGAGGAUCUGAGCAAGCUGCUGUACGAGGUGCAGGUGCUGCGUACCCAGCAGGAGAGCAUGCAGUGUCAGAUGCAGGACGUGAAGCACCAGAACGAAGUACUGUGGAGAGAGGUGGUGUCUCUGAGGCAGAACUUCACGCAGCAGCAGAAGGUCAUGAACAAGCUGAUCCAGUUCCUGUUCACUCAGAUGCAAUCGAACUUGCCGAACAGUGUUGCGAUGAAGAGGAAGCUACCUUUGAUGCUAGAUGAUGGACCCAGCAGCCCCCCAGUCUCCAAGUAUGGCCACAAUCUUCUCAUGGAGCCUUUACAAGAGCCCUACUAUAUCCACCCUCCUUCUGCUGAAACUGGCCAAUGUUCUGGCCAGGGCUUGCUAGCUGGAGGACCAUUCAUAUCAGGUGUUACUGAGAUGUCGCAGUCCAGUGCAAUGAAUAUGCCAGGAGAGCAGUUACGGGGGACAUGCCAGAUGCUGAUCAAGGAGGAGCCAAUGAGCCCUGGGGUUCACGCACGAGGCGAAGGAAUCCCAUUCGCUGACCCCCCCGUUCUGCCUGUUGCCAUGGUGCAGUCCAUCCUGGAGGGUCAUGGUCCUGGAGUUGGGGAGAAGAGAGGCAGAAGACAACUGGAGAGGUCAGAGAUCCAGAACAACGUGGAGAGCAUGGACAUGAGUUUGGAGGAGUUACAACUGCUCCUCAGGACGCAUCAGCAGGGCAUGGAUCCCACAGGCACUGUGGACCCAUUUAAUUCCAACCUUCCUUUGAGUGAAUGGAACUUCACAGACGUAGAGGCCAACUUGAAAUCCCAAGAUCCAGACAUGUUCAGCAGUGGAGGCGGUGAGGGACAGUGAAGACUUGAGGGAAGCGACUGAAUGGGUUCCGGCUGCAAUGUACAGAGAACACCUGGAAGAGAAUAUUAGAGGAAAUGUCACAGGAGAUCUGGAGGUUGACAUUUGUGAAUGUUGCAGAACAGCUGGACCUGACCUGACUGG